AUGGAGAAUCCAGCCCUUAGUGCGGCUGAAGAGGUUCAAAAAUACAGAUCUUCUCUGGAAAUCUGUAUUGAGGGCUUGGUGAAGCAUGUCGUCGAAAAGGCCGACUCACCCUGCUCAUCUGAAAAAGUCGAUGCCAUCACCGAACGGCUGUUCAGUAAAGUCUGGCCUCGAAUCAAAAGAAUUCAAAUCCCUGCCGAACAUGUACCAUUCCUCGCUAACAUGGUCUACAAGUCUCUCAUAGAGAAAUGGAAAGACCCAGAUGUAAUUCUGACAUUCAUGUCAUUAGACCACAGAUACAUUGAUGAGCUCAUUAUUAAGGUCUUCAAAGAGCAUGCCGAACCCCAGAGUGCACCAAGACGCUCCAGUCCUCCAGGUGGAAAGAGUAGUGGAAUAUUUGGUGAACCUGAGCCUGCUGCUCAACCACAGAGACCCAUACCUCCAGGUAGACCAACCAGCAACAUACUUGGGCCUGCAGUCACUGCACCUGCACAAAGUCCAAGCCGAAGCCACCCAAAUAAGCCAAAGGACAAUCUAAGUGUGGGACCUGAACCUGAAUCACCAGUUCCUCAAGCUCCCGAAGCCAAAGCCAGCCAGACUGUGGCGAAAGAAGAAACAGCACCCCCAGUCGAUGCACCAGCCAAGGAAGAGCCAACCGCUGCCGGUGCCGCUGCACUCUCGGCACCCUCGGAGCCUGAACCCAUUCCUUCCUCAUUUCCUGAUGACACUUCCCAGAAGAACUACGAGCCCCACCUGCGACCCAAGCCUCGCUCCCACAACAGGGUCCUCAACCCUCCUGGAGGAAAGUCUAGUGUGGUAUUCUACUGAUCAGCUGAGCGUGCCACCUCUCCCAGUUUGUGUCCAGAAACCUCUUUGUCUGCUCCCUGUUAAUCUUCUCUCAUUCCUACACUGCU